AUGAUAGAUGCGAAUGAGGACCACAGCGACAGGGGAUAUCAAAAUCAAUUGGGUGUUUUGGAAUGGUUUCUGUAUCAUGUUAGAACGGAUACUCUUCGUGAUAAGUCAGCGAGGACGCUACAGGUUCGUGAGACUUACUUCGCUUGCUUUUUCUCAACGCCAGAAAAGAAAAUUCGACCACGACCAUCCAAUGCAUUUAAGCCGGGCUUGGAGGUGGAUUCAGGGGCAAUGGCCGUGGAGAAGGAGGAUCCUGCACCGAAUGAUCACUGGCAGGCAUUCCCCCAGGGCAGAUACAAGCGACGUGAAUUGACGAUGAGCAGGUGGCUCCGUGGCCAGAAGGAGUAA